AUGGUUGGGCCACGCUAUCAACGCGCAAGAUUCGGCGCAACCUCGUCGGACCAUUUGCACGACACGGUGGUGCGUGAAAAACGUGCAAGCCGGACCCACUGCCGUCGGCCCCUAGGCGCGCACGGGCCGAGCAGAGCUCUUUUCGACGUCAGGUGUUCGGGACCUCCGGCGAAAAAUUGCACACCUCUGGCGGAAAGGCAUCGCUGUGUCGACGCAGUCAUCGGGGCACAGGCAUGCAUCACGAGGGCAAAGGCGACGCAUUCGCGACCUGCGAAAGGAUGCGAAAGCGCACCUUUAUAG